GGAAGAUUUGAACUUAAUUCCAUAUCCUUGCUGCCCUAGUUGAACUAGUGCCACAGAGCAGAGGGGGAGGGGGCGGAAUGCCUCAGAGGAGCGCUGUUCUGACCUGAAGCUCCUGGCCUUGAGGAAUAAGCUUCCCAGUUUGUUGCAUGCCUGUGGUCCAUACCCAGGGCAUGGAAGCAGCUGGUUUUGACAGCUCUGUCCAGGUUUAUGGUUGCCUUUAGGGGAGAGGAUUUGUCAGCAUCCUUAGGACAUCCUGCCAGAGUCCUGCUUUGUGGACUCCCACAUCACCCGUCAGCCAACGAACAAGGGUAGAAUAAUAUCCCAGAAUGCUCUUGCCUCCAUCUCCAGCCACAUCUCUCCCCUUUGGGGGCAAAUUUUCCUUAAAAUACUUCUGUCUGUGCUAUUUCCUCAUCUCCCCACAACUCCACCAAAUCCCAGAAGUUGGCUGUUGUUAAGUCACUGGCGUUUUCCAUGUUGCCAAAUCCAGGUCUGUUCUCAGUCUUUGCUUUCUUUGCACCGUCCAGUAGCGCCUGACACAGGAGAUGACCAACUCAUGGAUGAGACCCUUUUUUGUCUCCAGGAAGAUCAGACUUGCCUUGCUCUUCUCCUCCUCCUCUGGCCAGGCCGUUUUUGCAGACUUCUACCCCAUCUUCCCCAGCCUGCCCCAGAGCUCAAUCCUCUGACCCGUUUUUUCUCUAAACUCACUUUAGUGUCCUGUCCACUCACAUCUCCCAGAUGUUUGUUUCCAGUUUGCACGUCUCUCCGGAACAUGUCAUAUCUAAUUGCCAAACUUGUUUUUCGCAAACUCACCGCAUCCUCCCAACAGGUGCUAUUGGCGACUCUGUCCCUCUAGUUGUCCGGCAGCAGCUUUGGAGGCCUUUUGACGACUCCUCUCAUGGACCACGUCCAGGUCACCAAUGGAAGUCGCUAUUGCCAGUUGAGAUUUACUCAGAACCCCACCACUUUGACUAUUACCACUAGUCCAAGCUACCAGUGUCUCUUGCGUGGAUUAUAACUGUCCUCUGAGAGGCUUCCUAUGUCUGCCCUUGUUUCCUGACGCUGUAGUGUAUUUUCAACAUGUGGACCAGUGAGGCUUUUCAUGUAAAUCAGAUCCUCUCUCCUGCCUAGAAUUCUCCACGGUUUCCCAUCUCAGAGAAAGUCCUUAGGAUGGCCGAUAAGGCCCUUCAUCUGCUCCCCUGUCCUCACUGACCUCAUCUUCUAGUCACUCUACGUCACUGCAGUCGCCUUGCCAAGCAUGCUCCUUUCUCGGGGCUUUUGCAUUUGCUAAUCCGCUGCCCAAAGUGCUCUUAUGCUGGAUCUACGUAGGACUUACUGAUGUCCUCACCACCUCGAGUCUCGGCUCACAUUUCACCUUUCAGGGAGGCCUCACCGAGCAUCCUGUCCUGUUCCAUGGGAAACGGCACGAGCAGACUCUAUAGUGCUCUUGCCAAGACACUGAACAGCAGCGCUGCCUCCCAGCACCCAGAAUAUUUGGAGUCACCUGACCCAGAACAUCUGGAGCCCAUUGAUCCUAAAGAGCUCCUUGAGGAAUGCAGGGCAGUCCUGCACAGUCGACCUCCCCGGUUCCAGAGGGACUUUGUGGAUCUGAAGACAGAUUGCCCCAGUAGCCACCCACCUAUAAGGGUCAUGCAAUGGAACAUCCUCGCUCAAGCUCUCGGGGAAGGAAAAGACAACUUCGCACAGUGCCCCGUGGAAGCACUCAAGUGGGAAGAGCGGAAGUGUCUCAUCCUAGAAGAAAUCCUAGCCUACCAGCCUGACAUCUUGUGUCUCCAAGAGGUGGACCACUAUUUUGACACCUUCCAGCCACUCCUCAGCAGACUGGGCUAUCGAGGCACAUUUUUCCCCAAGCCCUGGUCACCUUGUCUCGACGUAGAACAUAACAAUGGACCAGAUGGCUGUGCCUUGUUUUUCCUCCAGAACCGCUUCAAGUUAGUCCACAGUACCAAUAUCAGGCUGACGGCCAUGGCAUUGAAAACCAACCAGGUGGCCAUUGUACAGACCCUAGAGUGCAAGGAGUCCAGUCAACAGCUCUGCGUCGCUGUCACCCACUUGAAAGCACGAUCCGGCUGGGAGCAGUUUCGAUCAGCUCAAGGCUGUGAUCUUCUCCGGAACCUGCAGAACCUCACCCAAGGAGCCAAGAUUCCCCUUAUUGUUUGUGGGGACUUCAAUGCAGAGCCAACAGAGGACGUCUACAAAAAUUUCGCUUCCUCCAGCCUCAACCUGAGCAGCGCCUAUAAGCUGCUGAGUCCAGAUGGGCAGUCAGAACCUCCGUACACUUCCUGGAAGAUCCGGACCUCGGGGGAGUUCCGGCACACCCUGGACUACAUCUGGUAUUCUAAACACUCUCUGAGUGUGCGGGCAGCUCUGGAUUUGCUCACUGAAGAACAGAUUGGAGCCAGCCGGCUCCCAUCCUUCAAUUAUCCUUCCGACCACCUGUCUCUAGUGUGUGACUUCAGCUUUAAUAAGGAACCCGAUGGACUUUCAUAAACACUUUGUAAUCACAAGUCUUAACCAGGGAUGUUUCAGGAAAACUGAAGUUAGGAUACGUUGCCUGAGGAAGGAUUCCCAGUUUCUCUCACUUCACUUUCCAUGUUUCCAGCAUGCCUCAGGGAAGGAAUCCCACUAGUUAACAAACGUUUUCCAUUAAACCCUUCAGCGAAAAAGGUGUUUGCACUCCAGUUUUGGCUUGUUUUUUUUUUUUUUUCCUUUCCCCUAGCAUUAAAUUUAGAUCAAUUAAGGGCAUUAAAUUAGUCUUGUUUUGAAGCUUUCAGUUUGAUGAAGCUAUAUAAAAAUACUUUGUCUUCCAUAAUUAACAAGUAUGCAGGAACAAUUUCCUCUAGACAGUAUUUCAAGUUAUUUAUUUGUGGUUUUAAGUAUCAACAAGAUAUGCAUGGCAGUAUUUAUUUUUUAUAUCUUCAUGUGAAAAUAAUAGCAUUACAAACAUUUAAGAACCAUGCAAAAUGUAAGUUAGAGAGUAAUUUAUAGUAAUUUUCUUAAGGCUUUAAGAUGUUUUUAUUUGGGGUCUAACAAAAUAGUGUACAAAGGAACUAUUUAGCCUGGAGGCCCCAGGGGUUUGUUUUGUUUGUUUGUUUAAGUGGAAAUAGCUGGUCUCGAUAAGUUCUUCAUAACAAUUCUUGCUGUGCCUCCAUGUUCCUCAUUAUUGUAUUUCUUGAAGAUUCCAUGACCAGUUGGUCUUUGUUAUUUAAUCACUGCUAUGCAUUUACAGAUUUCUGUUGGAAUGCUAUUGGCAUACAUUUGAUUUGUGGCCACUCAGUGUCACAGUGAUUUGUAUUGGAAUGUGCUGUUCACGAUGGGUUAUUUAGGAGCAGUGGCUGGUAAAGUCAGGGGGACCUUCUUUUCAGAGAUGGGCAACCAGAAAGCCUGUUCACAAGGCUGUCAUUGCAAUUUCCUAAGACAGCCAGGUGACUGGCUCAGUGUGUCUAGAAAGAAUGUAAAAGGAAAGAUAACCUGGAAUUCUCUUUCCUUGGGGGAAAAAAGUGGUCAAGAUAACAGGUGAAGCCCCUUCCAAACAAAAUCCCAGCAAAUAACCUAUGGGUAAUAAAUUGAAUAUUUUAAUCCAUGAAUUGUAUAUAUUUAAAAUUAAUAAAUGGUCUUUUGAAACUA